AUGUACCGCUUCAGCAGUGGAAGUGCAACAGAGUUUUUCUCUCUAGACCAAGAGACAAUGAUUUGUCCAAAUGAAUUGACCAAGUUCCUGAAGUGCUUUUUUAUCCACUUGACUCCUGCAAAAAAUCAGAGUCAGAUUUCGAAUAAUCUCAAAGAAGUGCUGUGUUUAGACGGUACCAUAAUCCCUAAGCUUAGUAAACAGGGAGCAUCAGUAACAGGAGAUUGCAGAAAUAAAUGUCUCAACUACACAGGCAAGUUAUCCGGGUGGAAGAAGAGCACAGUGGGGGAAAAGCUUCGUAUUAAUAAACUUUGAAGGGGGCGGGUUGUAAAGGGCUUGGAAAUGUUGAAUGAUAUCAUUAAUAUGUUGUUUUAUUAUAGCAACUUCUUUGAUUGGUUGAGUAGUCGACUUCACUCUCUUUGCACGAUACAAGUUCGUCAUGAGAUCGCAGUUGAGAUUCAAGACCUCAAAUACAGGAUUUGUCACAUAAGUGAUUGUCGAUCGCGUUAUGACAUUGCUGCAACGACAUUAGGUUCAUCCAACUUUGCUAGUGCAGCUGCCCCUUGCUUCAUCGACCAUCGACUCGACUCCUUGUUCACCCAGGAGGACCAAUCGGUAGGCAUUGAUGAGCCUAGAGAAAAGCUUACAAAUUUAUUAAUUGGGGAUGAUCUAGAACGUAGGGUCAUCACGGUGUUAGGCAUGGGCGGACUUGGUAAAACCACUCUCACCAAAAGGGUAUAUGACGACCCACAAAUGGCAGGUAAGUACUUUAAUUGUCGAGCCUGGAUCACAGUCUCACAGACAGUCAAUCUUAAUGUACUCCUCAGGGACAUCAUCAGGAAAGUAUUACCUCAUGACUAUAAAGUAGAUCUCGAGAAGAUGCAAAAGAAGGAUCUCAUUGAAGAACUAAAAAAAUUAUUACAAAACAGGCGUUAUAUUAUAGUGUUGGAUGACAUAUGGAACAUUGAUGCUUGGGAGAGCAUAAAACAUGCUCUGCCUGAAAAUGAAAAUAGAAGUAGAGUUGUAGUCACAACACGGAUAAAAGAUGUGGCGAACAACUGUUGUGCCGGAGCUGAUGGUGUCAACUAUGUUUGUGAGUUACAACUACUCUCAAAGGAAAAGUCAUUGGAAUUGUUCGAAAAGAGAGUGUUUGGUCUCGGUAAGCACUGCCCAGAGCAUUUGAAGAAAGUAGAAAAUGAUGUUGUUAUGAAGUGUGAUGGACUUCCACUCGCCAUUUGUGCAAUGGCUGGCAUUCUCAAAACCAUUCCAAACCUCGAUGACCCACAACAAUGGACUAAAUUACUCGAAAACUUAUCCUCAUUGCUUGAAACCAAUCCAAGACUUGAAGGAAUGAAGCAUGUACUGUUGCUUAGCUACAAUCACCUCCCAUACCUUCUCAAGCCUUGUUUUUUAUAUCUUAGCAUCUUUCCAGAGGAUCAUCUCAUUAAAUGUAAGAAUUUGAUUCAACUAUGGAUAGCUGAAGGGCUAGUGAGCAACCAAAAUGCUAUGAGGGCAGAGGUUGUGGCAGAAUACUACUUCAAUGAGCUGGUUAAUAGAAGUCUUAUCUUGCCAUUUGAAGUGGGUUGGAAUGGUAAGGUGAAAAGUUUUCGAGUUCAUGAUGUUAUGCUUGAAGUUCUUAUUUUCAAGUCAAUGGAGGAAAAUAUGGUUUCAAUUCUUGGUAAGCAGAGCAAAACAACUCUUAACACUGAAAAUGUGAUUCGAAGGUUAUCUCUUCAGGGAGAAAGCAAUGAAAUAAGAGGCAUUCUAGAUGAUGUGGACCUAUCAAGAGUUACAUCAUUGUCAAUUUAUGAUUAUAAAAAGACCCCAGCCAUGCUUCAAAGAUUCAGAUUGCUGAGAGUCUUGGUGUUCGAAAAUCAUUAUUUUUUUUCGAGAGAAGAAAAAGAAAGCUUCUUACGAAUCCUUUGUAAGUUAAGGCAUCUGCGAUAUUUGAGCUUGAAAGGAACCAAUACAAAGUUAGGCUUCUCAAAAUCCUUUAGUAAGCUUCAGAAUUUGGUGACACUAGACCUACGUGAUGAACAAGACAUAUUUUAUGAAGACAGACGCCGACACCAGCUGAAUUCUUCGGUUGCAAAACUAAAACAACUUCGCCAUCUUCUAAUGACUUGUUCAUCUAUAGAACUUGGAGUGUUGAGAAAUCUUAAAGAUCUGCAAACAUUGGUGGGCUUGCACAUUGAUAAUGUGAAAAAAGCUGAGGAAUUAGGGUACCUAACUCAAUUGAUGCAUCUAAAGAUCAUAGUGUCUAUAACCCCAACAAUAUGUAGCUCCUUAUGUGUUUCUCUGAAAAAAUUAAGUGAGUCUCUUCUCUCCUUUACCAUGUUUGCCAUUGCACCAUCAAAAGAAAUUUUUGAUUUGGACUUAAAAAAUCCUCCUUCCUUACUCCAAAGUUUUCAAAUGGGAGCCAAUAUUAAAAUACCAGAUUGCCUUGGCUCUCUUAGCAACUUAGCAAAAUUGGGUCUGUCUAUAGAAAAAAUGGAUGACUUGGAAGUCAUCAAAACUCUACCCAACUUGCUUUGCCUUACUAUAUUCAACAAUUUGUUACAAGAGUUAUCAUUUAGUACAGGAGGUUUCCAAAACCUGAAGACAUUGAAAAUUGAACUACCGCUUCGAAUUGAAUUCCUAAUGGAUUGCAUGCCUAUUCUUCAAAAACUUGUUUUCUAUACUUGCUGGGAUCUUGCACUUGUUGGAAUUGGAUUUUUGCCAUGCCUCCAAGAGAUUCUGCUAAUAGUGGUGCCAAAGAGAAUCUUAGAAGUAGUAAAGUCGGAAGCAGAGAACCAUAAGAACAUUCUCAAACUUAUGGCAUUUCGUGUCGAGUGACAGAUAUUGACUAAAAUAAAAGCUUUGGGCUUGGAUGGGUGGCCUACAAGCAGAUAUUAGAAGUCCUCUUUUAAAAUACUUGAUUUUUGUAUUUUUAUCUCCACCAACCAAACACUCCAGUAUUUUCUGAAAUUGGACAUUUCCUAUCUUUUUUGAAGUUUAUCUCAUAAUGUAAGACUUAUUAUAAGUUCAAGAGCAUCGAUGUGGUUCAUGCUCAACACAAGUUAAUUAUAUGAUUAAUGCUCGAAUUAUCAAUGUA